CUGAAAGCCUGAAAAUUAAUUUUAAAAUUUUUAGUCCAAUCGAAGCUAAAGUCAACUUUCUUUCUCCUUUUCUACAGCUGAUCUUCCACCAUCAAACCAGAAAACUUGUUACCAAAUAUGGAUCUAAAAAUUGACAAUUGAUGUCUGGGGAAAUUUAGUAAUUUCCUAAGUAGGUCCACAAAAAUGAGCAAUCCAGGCCUGGUGUGUUAGAAGAGACAAGGCGUGUCUAGAGAAGCUCGCUCAAACUUUUGCACGACCACCUAAAUGUUCAAUGGUCCAAAAGGACGGCUCUGGUCGAGAGAGAGAGGACCGCUUGGUCCGCUUCUAAUCAAAAUCACAACUCAUCAUCCACCAUAACUCCUUAUCGUACGCCCCACUAAAAGUCCUUUUAACUAACGUACGCACACGCCUAUAUUUUCCAAAGUACGAAAUAGAAAGAGACGGUGAGAAAGUUCUUACUACUUUCAAGUACAAAUCUUUGCCCCCUCAGACAAAUCUUUGGGUUUAUCUUUCUCUCUACAAGAAGAAACAACAAAACACAAAGUCAGGUACGUAUAUGAUAAAGAACAAAUGAUGUCCCAUGUCUCGUGUGUCUGAUUCAUGCAACAUGUUGGUUUAAACUUGGUUAAAGAUGCAAUCUAGAGUUUUAAGAUAAGGUUUUUGGAUUUUCUCCCUCUCUUGUAAUAAUAGUUUCUUGUCUGAAAGUCACGAAAAAGGUAUUUAUUUUAUUUUUACUGGAUAGAAGGAAAAAAAAAGUAAAUCAAUGGCGAAUCCUUGGUGGGUAGGGAACGUUGCGAUAGAAGGAGUGGAGAGUCCUGUGACGUCAUCAGCUCCGUCUUUGCAUCACAGAAGCAGCAAUAACCCGAAUAUGACUCGGUCGGAUCCAAGAUUGGACCAUGACUUCACCAACAACAGUGGAAGCCCUAACACUCAUACUCAGAACAGCCAAGAGGAGCAGGACGAGUUACCCGCCGUCGAACAUGGAUCUGGAUCCGGGUCUACGGGUCGACGUCCGCGGGGUAGACCUCCUGGUUCCAAGAACAAGCCCAAGAACCCAGUGGUUGUCACCAAAGAAAGCCCCAACUCGCUGCAAAGCCAUGUCCUCGAGAUCGCCACGGGUGCUGACGUGGCGGAAAGCUUAAACGCGUUUGCUCGUAGACGCGGGAGAGGCGUUUCUGUUCUCAGCGGUAGCGGUUUGGUCACUAAUGUCACUCUGCGUCAGCCUGCUGCAUCUGGAGGAGUCGUGUCUCUUCGUGGUCAGUUUGAGAUCUUGUCUAUGUGCGGUGCUUUUCUUCCCACUUCUGGUUCUCCGGCUGCAGCUGCUGGUUUGACCAUUUACUUAGCUGGAGCUCAGGGUCAAGUCUUGGGAGGUGGAGUCGCUGGACCGCUUAUUGCAUCUGGACCAGUUAUUGUGAUCGCUGCUACGUUUUGCAAUGCUAGCUUCGAAAGGUUACCUAUUGAAGAUGAGCAACAACAACCACAAGUAGAAGAAGCGAAGGAGAAAGAGAAUGAUGAUAACAAGAGUGGGAAUGAUGGAACUGAAGAGUCGAUGCAGCCGAUGUAUAAUAUGACUCCUAACUUUAUGCCAAAUGGUCACCAAAUGGCUCAACACGACGUGUUUUGGGGUGCUCCUCCGGCUCGUGCUCCUCCUUCGUACUGAUAAUUAGAUAGGUGAUGGUGGCAUUGUUCUUUUGGCUGGGGUGGUUAUGGUUUCCAUCUGUUGGAAUUAUUAGGAAGAAUAGACUUAUGUUUAUUAAGCUCUCAAAAGUUUUCAAUUUUGUGCGGGUAAUGAGAUGACAUUUAGCUAGUUGUUUGUUUUGUGGUGGUGCUACUGGUCUUUCUGACUGAUUAUUUUGAUCGC